AUGGCUCCCUGCAACUCGAACGGCAACGGAUCCGCCCCGACUGCGGAUGAUCAUACCCUAGCCAACUUGCUCACCACGGUCCGUGCUCUUCUUGGCCUCUGUAUUCGGCUCCGCUGUCGCUGUCUCGCUCUCCCGUGCGGGUGUGCUGCUGCUCCAACGCGUCCCUCGGUCGGCGGUGUCCAAGGGUGCUGCUCCCUGCUGCUGCUGCACCUCGAACCCACCGGAUUGCCGUGCUCCGAUGUCUAGUGUACUUUGUUGGGUUCACACUCGCCCGUGAUGCUGCUUCGUACGGCCUGCCACCGGGCUCCGGGGGGGGAGGGGGGCGAUGGACCGCCGUCUCCAUCGUCUCGCCCACCUCAGGUCACGAGAUGUGUGCUGCGGCAGCGUUCUAACUUCUCGCCCUACGCCGUCCCCUCGACAACGACGCAUUCGUCGGCGUGACCUCGGCCUCCUGCGCUCCCUGCAGCCAUCUAUAUCAGCGAUGACCGCCACCACAGUCGUCUAGAGCCCACUCUGUAGCUGCUACUGCUGUAUGAGUCUCUCGCCAACCCACCGAUUAGUUUCUCACUACCCCUGGGCGGACUGGGCCGUGUGCCCACGAGCCUGGGCGGGCUUUUUCCCACGUGACGACCCGGUUUUCGCCUCUGGCCCAGCAGCGGGACGCACGGGCGGCGACGGCGGCGACGGCGGCGACGGCCCCAAACCACUGCCGACAGCUGCCGCGGCGGCUUUCGAUCGCUGCCGUUCUCGCUCAGGGGUCAGGGAUUUGCCCCACCUUGGCGAUAGUUCCUUUCAGGGGUACAGAGGUUGCUCGUGAUAGGAGCUAGACAACUGAAAACACGUGACCUGGCCUUGACAUCAACUCAUACGAGCCAUACACUGACCACUACUCUCUUCUCGCGUGAUAGAUGGCCCAACAACAACCUUUGCCCAAGAAGAGGGGAUCGAACGCCGCGGGUGCACGCUCGAGCGAGUGAGUUUGGUCAGGCACCCCAGGCAUCGACCGAGUAUGUGCUUUCAUGACUGACGGCCAACAUCCGCGCGGACAGACGCGCCGCUGCUGCGCCCUCUUCGAAAAAGGGCGGCAAGAAGAACGCCGACGAAACCCCUGUCACGGCCGACAAGAAUGUCGACGCCUCCGCGACGGCCAAGGGUAAAGCCGACGGCAACAAGACCAACGGAACCGGUCCUUCUACGCGCAACCUCUCUGCGAGCAUCGCGUCGCAGCCACAUCAACAAGCUCCCCAGCCUCCGACAUGGAACGGUCGAACAGGCUCAGCCGCACAGGCUUCGACGACCAUCGACCCUUCCGCUACGGUCGGUACGACGAAUGCGAGCGCUAAUCCUGCGGGACGCAACGAAUCGCGAGCGUCUUCCGAGAACGGUUCUGAUGCCGACUACUCGGAGGACAACGACGAGUCCUACACGGCGAACGCUACAGCCCCUGCGGCUACGAAUGGGAAAAGCAAGGGCAAGAAGAACCAGGCCAGGGCCGCCAAGAAGGAGGCCUCCACUACUGGAGCUUCGACGGGCAAUGCGAAUGCUUCGACAAGUGCGGCCGGCGCGGCCGCUAAUGGGAAUGGAGCGGCAGCGGCGAAUGGGGAUGAUGAGGAAGGCGGGGAGAAGCUGCAUACCGAGCAGGAGUGGAACAGGACCAGGAAAGAUAACCAUGUUCGUCUGCUCUCUGCGUUUCUCGUUGAUGCAAAGCGACUGAACACUGACCCUCAUCCGAGCUGUCCACAGAAAGAAGUCGAACGCCGCCGACGCGAAACGAUCAACGAAGGCAUCAACGAGCUCAAGAACAUCGUCCCCGGCUGCGAGAAGAAUAAGGGCUCAAUCCUCUCCCGCGCAGUGCAGUACAUCCAACAACUCAAGGACAGGGAGGCAACACUCAAGGACAAGGAGGCGACCCUGAUCGAUAAAUGGACCUUGGAGAAGUUGUUGUCGGAUCAGACGACGAGCGAUCUCAAGAGGGAGGUGGAGAAGCUGAGGGAGGAGUUGAGCAUCGCAAGGAUGCAGAAUGGGAAGAGGGGUGAGGUCGAUGGGGGUGGUCAACAUGGUGGAAGUGAGCCCAAGAGGUCGAGGUUGGAAGGCCGAUGA